CUUUACUUCUUUCUUCCACGUAACAGGCGAAUUCGGGUCCUGUUUUCCUUUCCUUUCCGCGUCUCUCUCUUUCUCUUAUACUGCCCAAACGAGUCCAUCAAAUUCAAAAUUACUCGUUUCAAUAUAAUGAAAAUAUUAAAAUAACUAAAUUCUUUUGUCAGCUUUUUCUUCGAAACCUUAUUCGAUAAGAAAAUUCUAUCGAGAAUUUCACACCAUUUCACUGGUCAACACCGCCUUUUUCUUCAUAAACAGCUAAUUGUCUUUUUGAGCUGUUUUUGAUUGGAUCCGGUCAUAAUCGGACACCCUUUUGUAUAUUUUGAAAGUUCCUGCUCACAUUUGGGAUUUUCUGGUUCUGUUUAUAUAGGCCAAAAUAGGGUUCAUCCGGUUCUGAUAGAUCCUCUUUGAGCUCAUUCAUAUUGAUGCUUUUUGGGUUUUGCACUUUAUGUCGUUGAAUUCGAUAUUUUGGCUCUUUUGAGGGAAAAGAAAUUCUGGGUUUUAUUUGAUUGUUGGCUUUUGGCUUAAAGUUUCAGUUUUCGACACAUUGUAUUUGGGUUUUGGAUAAUUUGUAUUUAGAUGUCGGUGAUCAGGUAGAUUUGAGACUUUUCUUUCCAAAAAACUGUAUUGGGGUAUGAGUCAAACGUCCAAAGUGUGGAGCUUUUUGAUAGCGUUGGAUUAUGAGGGUCGUCUAGGGUUUUGCUUCUGUAAGGGGUUUAUCUAUUGAUGAAAUGAGAAGGAUAGUUUAUGCUGACAAUGUUGAUUCAACUACAAAUGAUUCGAAUGCAGUCAAAUUAUUUCAUGUUUUUGCUGAUUCUGCUUUGUGCAUCUCUGGUUGGGGGCUUAGAUUAUAGAAAGAGGACAGAGCAAGUGUUUUUGAGCCAAUUAGUGGAUCCAGUGACUGGGGAGGUUGACGAGAGCAUGGGAGAGCUAUUAUCGAUCUGUUGCAGGCUAGAAUUGCUUAAUUUGAAGGAGGCUGAUGAAGAUUUCAACUUAUGUUUUCCAAAGGAGACAUGUGGUAUGGCUAGUGAAAGUAAUUCAGAGGGUAAGUCACUGGAAAAAGAACAUAUUUGGAAAUUAAUUACAGCCCAGCAUCCCCAGUUGAAACGAACUCUUCUGAAUUGUAUGAGAAAGAAUAAUAUUCUCUUCCAUGCUUCUCGACAAGGUCGCUCUAACAGUCAGCAUAUAAGGUAUUAUAAUUCCUUGUUCCCCAGGGCAGCUAUUCCUAAAAGGAAUUUGCUUCAGAGCAUUGCAGAGACACCAUCCCUUGCUAGUGGAUCACCUUUUCCCAGUCCAGCACCAUCUCCUGAUCUCGCACCUUCUCCAGAAUCUAUUCCUUCAAGUCCUCCUGCUCCGUCUCCAGAAGAGCCAUUUUUCCCUCGGAUAGGUGAUAACACACCACCUGCACCAACUCCAACUAGUGAAAAUUCUUCUGCAGGUCCAAAUUCAGAUCCAACUGUUAAGCCAGAUAGUGGUGACAGUAAACAUAAAGAAAUUAUCAUUGCAGUAGUCGUGACUGCUGUAGUGACUUUUGCCUUUGCAGCAUUGUUCUUUCUUUGCUGCACUAAGAUUUGUAGGAGAAGCUCUGGAAGGAGACAAAAUGAUGAAAGACCUCUUCUUAGCCUAAGCUUAACUGACUACUCCACUGGUUCUUCUUAUAAGCCUUUUGGUGUAGUAGCUUCAAUUAAGGAAGAGAAGGCUGGUCAACAGUCCUUCAAUAACAACUUGAGCCAUGAUAGGAAGCACUCAUCUUUGGAUAGCAUAAACUCUGAUGCUUUGCAUGUGUCAGUAGAUGAAACUGCAUCCCUGGGAGUUGUUGGUGCUUCCAACUUCUCUGCUGAAUCAGUUGACAGUACUAGUAAUAAUACUGGUCUCGUUCCUCCUCCUCCUGGAAGGGUGGAUAGCAUGCCUCCUUUGAAGCCUCCCCCUGGAAGGGCAGUGCCCCUUCCUCCUGAACCACCUGCUUCUCUUAGACCUCCUCCCAGAAAGGUUGGUCCAGCUCCCCCUCCCACUCCCCCACGUGCACCACCUCCUCCUGCAAAAGCUUCUUCUAGUAUGGGUUCUCGUCCUCCUGGACCACCUCCUCCACCACCUAUGGCUCCUAAUCCCAGACCUGGUCCACCACCACCACCACCUUCAAAGGGUAGUCAUGCUCCUCCCCGACCACCGCCACCAUUGUCUGUGGGUGCUAAGGUCCCUCGUCCACCUACUGGGUCAAAGCUUCCAUCUGGUGGAGAUGGUGAUGCCAAUACUCCUAAAGCCAAGCUGAAGCCUUUUUUCUGGGAUAAAGUUAUGGCCAAUCCUGAGCAUUCAAUGGUUUGGCACCAGAUUAAAUCAGGAUCAUUCCAGUUCAAUGAAGAGAUGAUAGAAACACUGUUUGGAUAUGCAGCUGUUGAUAGAAACAAAAAUGAAGGCAAGAAAGAGUCUUCUUCCCAAGAACCUUCAACUCAGUAUAUUCAAAUACUUGACACCAAAAAGGCACAAAAUUUAUCGAUUCUCCUGCGGGCAUUGAAUGUUACGAUAGAAGAAGUUUGUGAUGCACUCCGUGAAGGAAAUGAGCUACCUGUAGAGCUCCUGCAGACUCUGUUGAAGAUGGCACCUACAGCAGAUGAAGAACUGAAGCUUAGGGUAUUCAGUGGUGAACUGUCUCAACUUGGGCCGGCUGAAAGGUUCCUUAAGGCAUUGGUUGAGAUUCCAUUUGCUUAUAAACGACUUGAAGCACUACUUUUCAUGUGUACUCUACAGGAAGAGGUUACCACUACUAAGGAGUCCUUUGAAACCUUAGAGGUUGCUUGCAAGGAACUCAGAAGUAGCCGAUUAUUCCUCAAGCUUCUAGAAGCUGUUCUUAAAACUGGCAAUCGCAUGAAUGAUGGAACAUUUAGAGGUGGUGCACAGGCAUUCAAGCUUGACACACUUCUGAAAUUAGCUGAUGUGAAGGGAGCAGAUGGUAAGACCACAUUGUUGCACUUUGUUGUUCAGGAAAUCAUCCGUUCCGAAGGUGUGAGAGCUGCUCGUGCAGCAAAGGAGAGCCGGACAUUCUCCAAUGUCAGUGUCACAACUGAAGAUCUUCUCGAGGAUAUUUCCCCUGAUACAGAGGAGGAUUAUCGCAGCCUUGGCCUUCAGGUGGUUUCUCGUUUGAGCAGUGAGCUAGAAAAUGUCAAGAAAGCAGCAAAUGUCGAUGCUGAUAGCUUAAUAGGAACUGUUGCCAAACUUGGCCAUUCGCUAUUAAAAACCAAAGAUUUCCUGAACAAGGACAUGAAGAGUUUAGAGGGAGGUAGCGAAUUCCAUGAAACGUUAAAAAGUUUUGUUCAGAAUGCUGAGGUUGAUGUCAUGUUAUUGCUGGAGGAAGAGAAGAGAAUUAUGGCUCUGAUGAAGAGCACUGGUGAUUAUUUCCAUGGGAAAGCAGGGAAGGAUGAAGGCUUACGUCUGUUUGUCAUAGUGCGGGACUUUUUGAUAAUUCUAGAUAAAGUGUGCAAACAGGUGGGAGAGGCCCAGAAGAAGUCAGCAAAAUCACUGAAAAAAGAGUCAUCCACUGCGUCAUCUCAUUCCUCUCCUCGUCAACAUCUUUCUCCAGAUUUUCGUUCACGUCUAUUCCCAGCAAUUGCAGAGAGAAGGGAGAAUUCUAGUUCAGAUGAUGAGAGUUAAUAAUGUUCAUUUGGAAUAGGUCACUGUUGUGAUGAAAGUUCAAGAAAGAAGAUUUAAAGGCACAAUGGAUUCUUCCAUAGGUGCCUUCUGCGUGCAUCUUCAGGAAAGAAGGGAUCAAAGCAAAGCAAGCCAAGUUAAAUAGUGCUCUUACUUCUCUUCAAGGCUUAAAUUUCAGCAACCCUAGUGGAAGUAACAGUAUGAUAUCAUUGUGACCAAAUUCUUGAACUGAGGGCAGAAGGAUUCUCAUUCAGCUAACUUGUGCAUUGGUAGUUAGAUAGAUAACCAUUUUUCUUACCUCAAAUUCAUUGAUUAUUUUUGUUUUCUUUUUUUAAGGAUUUUGUCAAGGGAAGAAUUAGCAAGGUGGCUUUAAAUUAGGAGUUGGUGUAUUGUAUGAAAUUUUGGAGGAAAAGGUUGUAUUUUUGCCAAAGUGCUUGACAUGCGUAGUUUGUUAUAUAGAGUCUUACAGAAGCAUUAUAUUUGUGGCACCUGAAAACCCACAAGAGACCAAAUGAUCUUCCGAGAAUACUUGUUGUAUGCUAUUUGCAGCAUCUAUAGUAUACCACUUUUGUUUUGGACUAA